CUUUGCAACCUGUCUUUAAAAGAUCCUUUGGGUGGGUCGAAAUGAGCACCAACUGCUCAGAAAGCAAUGUAACAUCUCCUGUGUACCUCCUGCAUAAGGAACCGCUUGCGGUAACCAUCUUCCGGAUUGGUUUCCAAGUUACCCUGGGCUUCUUGGGUGUCAUUGGGAACGUCACAGUCUGUUUAGUUAUUAUCAAAAGGCCCAAGGUGCUUGGACCAGCAAGCCAGUACCUCUUCAGCCUGGCGAUAGCAGAUCUUUGUACACUGAUCUUCAAUUUGCCAAUUGCCAUUUUAAAGGAGGAAGAUCCGUUCGGGUGGGCACUUGGCCGAGCUUUUUGCCUGUAUAUUAUGCCGACAACAGAAACGUUCUUUGGCGCUGCCAUUUUUUCUAUCACAUUGAUUGGGUUCGAAAGGUACGUGAACAUCGCUCGAACAGCAGCUCACGCCCGCAAAAGGCUAUCGUGCAAGAAAAGGCGCUUUAUUCUGCUCGGUGUGUGGGCUUCUUCCUUCACUGUUGGUUCCAUUCCUCUGUACGUGUUUACAGAGUACGACUCGUGUCACAGAAGCUGUUACAUCUCCUUUUCAACGACAAUCUACAUGACCUACAUCAUAAGCCUCACUGUCCUUUGGUACGUAUUUCCCCUGACUGUCAUUGCCUUUAGCUACAUUAAAAUUGCGCACCUGGUCUCUAAACGGACUGCCUCCCUUCAGGGUAUGCCUCAUGGUCCCACAAGCUUGGGAAACCUUCAUUCCUCAAGUGUAAAAACCAUGUUACGCCAAAAAAGGAAGACCUAUCGCAUCCUUACACCCUUAGUAGUUUUGUUUGCAGUGAGCAUGCUCCCGUUGACUUUGCUUAGAUUAGUUGCGAUGUUUUGGCCAGAUAUUACUGUGCUGCCGUACUACACCAUUCUGCUUACGCUGAUGGUUGUGUCAACGAUAGUGAACUCUGCUGCAGACCCAGUCAUCUACUGCAUUGUAAACAGUGAGUUCCGCCACCAAGUUAGAAAUCUUUUUGGCAUUACUCGUCUUUAUCAAAAGCUCGGGAGAUUUAUUAGCAUCUGAAGUUUAUCUUCAAAGGGAAGAGGAAGUUUCACAGUUUCUGUUGAUAGGCAAACAUCACAAACCACUCGUUUGUAGAAACUUAGGGAGAAGAGACUAAGACUUUACAUAGUAGAGCAGUGUUAGGAAAUAGAGAAGAAAAUUAGAAAAGCAAAACAUAUAUAACUUUAAUUCCAUUACACUGUUAUCUUCACAUGCAAACGUAUAAGGCAUGAUGAGUAAGGAUUAUAGUCGAAGGAUACAGCUGGAUGCAAUAAUUUUUACGGUUGGACUUGUAGCGAAAAGAGGUGUACCAUGGAUGAAGCAUACAAAUAUUCAAACUCUCGCUCACAUAUU